AUGAUCCCGGUCGAUACGCUCGACAACAACCUCGAUCUCUUGAUGAUCACGGCAGGCGGAAACGACCUCCAUCUUACACAUCGUGAUCCCAUGGCGCUUUACAACGGAGUUAUCAUAUUCGGCGAGAUCAACGCGGAAGAUAGAGUGUCCUCUCCACCUUCCUUCGUCCACGCGCCAGAGCACAGGCUGUAUCAACAGCCGGUCGCCUUUAUAGGCAAUGCCGCUUCCAAUCGAGACAUUGGUGAGCUUAUGUCGAGGGAUACCUCGAUUGCGCAAUUGCCACUUCGAGACGGAGGCACACACGACUGCGCCCAACCCGAUGGGACCACGAUCCAGCCCAUGGUUGCAGCCAAGGAGACGGCGCUAGGCUCGGUUUACGCCCAGACAGUCCCAGAUGGCCAUUUCCGCCUCCUCGAGAUCCUGGCUGGCACAGGCGACACCCAGAGCCGAUGCCGCUUGCACGUCUGCGCCAUCAACGAUAACUGCGGGGCAUACGAGGCCCUGUCCUAUACCUGGAAGACGGAGACGAUAGCCAGCCUGAGCGAGGUUUCUAUCCUAUGUAACGACGUCGAGUUCACGGUGGGCGCGAACUUGCACAUGGCACUCGCACGGCUCCGACGCGAGGACGCACCGCGCGUCAUCUGGGCGGAUGCUAUCUGCAUCAACCAAAACGAUGAGAAGGAGCGGGGCCAGCAGGUCGCGGCGAUGGGGACCAUCUUUCACAGUGCAAGUAGGGUGAUAGUAUGGCUAGGGCCCGACGAAGACGUGGAACAAGCCCCGGUUCCGGCUUCUCAGAUGGCCUCGGAGAAGGCUUUUGCCGGUGUCUGUUCGGUUAUCUUGACGUGGGCCGAAGACCCGAUUACGACAGCCUAUGAUCGCCGUCGAAUUAUUGCCAAUAACCGCCCCCAAUACCGGGUUCAUAGAUCGAAUGCGGACAAGACGUGGAACUCUGGUGACGGAGGAGCGCUGUCGGCGAGGAGCAACGUUCGCCUCUGGGUCAUCCAGGAGGUUGCCCGCGCCCGGCGGGCUACGGUAGUUUGGGGCCGGUGCGAGAUAGCAUGGCAGUGGGUUGGCCUUGCCGCCGCCAUCAUUCGGACAAACUGGAAUCGCAUCAUCCCUCCCAAUGGCUUUGAAUUUCGAGGUGACCGCUGCCUCAGACAGAGUUCUCGCCAGGUCCCAGAAGGCGUCAUGAACACCUACUUUAUGUACAGGGUCUCGCGGUCUCAGCUGUACUUUGACCCACUCCGGUUCUCCUUUUGCGAGCUCCUAGCCGUCACCAUACAGUUUGGAUGCCAAGACGAUCGGGACAAGGUCUACGGGCUCCUCGGGCUAGAGACGACGGACAACCUCGGAGGGCUACUUACGCCCGAUUAUACGAGGUCCCUCGCGGACCUCUAUCGCACUAUUGCCUUCGCCCUUCUCAAGCUUGGGACGUCCCUGGACUUCCUUGCGUACGCCGGUCGACCAUCUUACGAACAGGGUGGACAUGGACAGAAUCUCAUUCGGCCUGGCUUCAUCAUGGAUGUUCCGCCGCCAGAGCUAAACCCAUUGUCCCUUCUACCAUCAUGGGUCCCGCGGUGGCACUUGACCAAGGCACAGACACUCUCGCCCUUGGACAAACAUCCGGACUUUGCCGCUGGGUCGCCUUGCACGAAAUCAGCGAUGUUUAAGCGCCCAAAGAACGACAAGGACGACGACCAUGACAAAACAUGCCACAGUCCCGACCGGCUCAGCGUCCGCGGCGUCAUGAUAGAGCGUGUCACGGGCAAACAUCGGCUCAUAGAGUGGGAGUACGAGCCGAACGCGUACUCUGCAGACUGUCACGAGCUCACGAACCUCCUCAUCAAGUACAGGCACACCAAGUGGAGCUUAGAGAGGCUGGCUAUGACACUAACGGCGGGCAAGAGCUGGUACGGCACACCCGUCGAGAGCCGCGCCGCCCCCCUCGCCCACUUUGCGCGUUGUCUUCUCAGCUACGGCAUGCGCCGCGUCCUGGAUCCGUGGUUCCUCGGCGCACGCGGGGAAGGUGACGCUGGGGAGUGUGCCCGGCCGGAAGAGCUGGCAAAGUGGUUACGGUGCCUGUUUACCACCUCGUCCGGCAUGCAAGGAGUCGGGCCGUUGGCGACGUCGCCGGGGGACAUGGUGGCCGUGAUCAAUAGCACCCCUAUGCCGUUCGUCAUCCGCUAUUCUGGGGAGACACGGGGCUAUGAGCUCCUGGGCGAGUGUUAUAUUGAUGAUCUGAUCCACGGGGAGGCAUUUGACGGUUCCAAGUACAAGGAGUGUUGGAUCGACCUAGUCUAGCCCCAUCUGUUCGUCGUUAACACUUGAGGACAUUCC